AUGGCUCCGCGUGCCUCUCGGAGGAAAGUCGUCGAGUCGGACGACGACGACGAUGACAAGCCCAACACCCACGAUCAAGAGCCCAAACCUCAGAAACGAAGUACGGGAAAGUUGAAGUCGGUCAGAAGCAAACCAUCGACAGCCCAGUCAAAGGUGACGGUCAGCCCAAAGCCAUCCCCGAAGAAGACCAGAUCGAAGCAAGUCGCCCAGGAGCCCUCAAAACCCGCCGGAAAGCCCAUUUACUCCUUUUUCAAUGUUGCUACACAAAAGCAGCUGGGUUCCCAACCCACUCCUAGUCCGGAGAAGUCCGAGAAAAUCUCGACUCCACGAGAUGAUAUUGAGGCAAUCCACGAUGAUACGGACGAAGAAAGAGUCUCUCAUGCACCACCUCCGAGCACGAUGGUAUCCAAAGGAUCUAGCACCGCCGCAGCCAUGCGAAAACGCAAGUUUCAGCGCGUCCACAGUUUCGAAGACACUGUCAAACCUCCUCCAUCUACUUCCCAGAAGUUUAGAAAGGCAGUAGCUGGUGAUCGCGUGCCUUCGUUUUCAGUUCUCAAUGAGGACAAGCGGCCAUGGACGGAGCAAUUUGCACCCAUCGACUUGACAGAACUCGCAGYCCAUAAGCGAAAGGUGGCAGACGUACGUAGCUGGCUUGAUAUGACGUUUCGAGGCAGACGCCAGAAGGUUUUGGUCCUCAAAGGCGCAGCAGGAUCWGGGAAAACGACUACUCUCCGACUGCUGGCCAAAGAACUUGGUGCAGAGCUUAUCGAAUGGCGCGAUCCGAACACCUCUGAGUAUGGAGAAAAUGGGUUUGUGUCCUCUGGUGAUCGCUUUGAGGAGUUUGUCGCUCGCGCUGGAAAAUGUGCUGGACUCACUCUUUCCACAGACGCGAAUGCAAGUGUUCCGAUCGACUCCCGAAUGGAGAACACCGAAGAAGACACCCCAAACCGACCUCAGAUCUUGCUUGUUGAGGAGUUCCCGAAUACGUUCUCGAAGACUUCCACUACAUUGCAAUCCUUCCGCUCCACAAUCUCGCAGUACCUCUCAUCGCCGAUAUCAGGCCAAGCGAUCCCGACACCGCUCGUGAUGAUCAUAUCUGAAACCUUACUCUCAACAAAUACCGCCGCUGCUGAUAGCUUCACUGCCCAUCGGCUGCUCGGUCCAGAGCUCAUCACAAAUCCAUACGUCAACACCAUUGAGUUUAAUGCUGUUGCUGUCACUUUCCUGACAAAGGCUCUCGAGACGAUUGUCGUCAAGGAGGCGCGAAAGUCGGGCAGAAGAACUACGCCCGGCCCACAAGUGCUGAAGCAUCUUGCCGAAACUGGCGAUAUUCGCAGCGCCGUCUCGUCGCUAGAAUUUCUAUGUCUGAGAGGAGAUGACGGCGAUACAUGGUCCAGCAAAGUCACAUUCACCAAACCGAAGCAGUCAAAGACCCAGCCUCCAUUGUCCAAGUCAGAGAUCGAGGCUUUGAAGUUGAUCACAAACCGUGAGAGCAGUCUCGGGAUAUUCCAUGCCGUUGGGAAGGUGGUGUAUAACAAAAGAACUGAUCCUGCAAACCCCGAAGACGUACCUCAGCCGCCAUCUUGGCUUCCGCAACAUCGCCGGAGCAAAGUCCCAGAGACCGAUGCUGAUUCGCUCAUUGACGAGCUUGGAACUGAUACAUCAACCUUCAUUGCGGCUCUUCACGAGAACUAUGCCUUGUCUUGCUCAUGCUCUGGCGCCGAAGAAUCUCUGGACAGUCUCUCUGGAUGUAUGGACAAUCUGUCCGAUUCGGAUUUGCUCUCUCUAGAUCGCUUCUCAUUCGGAACAAGAGCUUUCUCCGGCUCCGCCACCGAUACCUUGCGACAAGAUGAAAUGUGCUUCCAGGUCGCUGUAAGAGGAUUGCUGUUCAAUCUGCCCUGUCCUGUCCACAGAAGCGCCGGUAAUGGCGGUAAACGAGGCGAUGCACAUCGCAUGCUAUAUCCGAAUUCUCUGAGAUUGUGGAGAAAGCGGGAAGAGAUCGAUGGCGAGUUGAAUAGUCUCAUCAGUAAGCUUUCACUUGGGAGUGAUUUGGGAGUCAGCACAUCUGCUGCAUCCUAUGCUUCUGCGACGAGCGGUGUUGAUGCAUGGAAACGAAGCCAGCCCUCAGCCAACAAGGACCCCACAGUCAAUGUUCCCGAAGUUGGGGAAAUAUCGCAAGCUGGCGGUGAGAUCAAGAAGCAGAUGCUGCUGGAGCGCUUACCUUACAUGGCACACAUCAAGACAUGUUCAAGUACCUCCAUGGCAUCACGUCGAUUCCUGGAGCAGAUUCUUUCCGUCACUCGCAUGUCAGGCGAGGUACCAGAGGCUACAGAUCCCGCUGGUGUCGGCGACGAUGACGAYGCAGAGGAAACGGCCAAUGGCGCAGAACAAUGGGCAACGGAUAGGCCAGAGCUUGAAUCUUCUUCAAAGAAGGGAAAGCAGAAGACUACUUUCGAGAGUGUUUCGAUUCCGGUCGAGACUCGAAUUGACAGGAUGAUCCUCGAAGACGAUGAUAUCGUUGAUGACUAG